AUGUACAGGAGUUUGUACAGGAGAGACUACCGGUGGUGCAAGGAGUACAAGCCACCCAGUGAGGAGGACGUGCAAAAGCUGCAGAUUGCAGACUCCCAGCUAAAAGCCAAGGAGUUUGCCGUACCCCGGGAGGAGCGGGCGAUGACCUACAGUGACAGUGUUGUCUGGCAGGGGAGAGAAGUCAUCCCAGCACCGAGCAUCAUAGCCAGCGGUCAUGCUGAUGACGCAGGAGGGAGAAAGCCAGAAGAAAGCUACCUACCGAAGUACUACCCUGCCACCGAACUGGCAGCAGCCCAGGCAGAGAAAUCGGAGAGGCCGCAGGCUCUCGCUGAGCCGGAGAAUGAGCUGUCUUAUUGCCAGCGUCUUCCAGCUGCUGCUCAGACUGCUGGAACAGCAGGGAUGUUGCUGCACAGGCAGAAGCUGGCUCCAGGCUGGGCCACCUACCAGCAAUUCACCCUGGAGACGUGCCAGGCAAGGCAGCAUGAUGCUCAGCAAAACAGGAGCAUGAUCCUGGGCUCAUCUGUUUUGGUGGAAGCCUCCUCCUUUGUGAAAGGAGGUGGCAACUGGGCCGGGAUCGGCCUCCAGGAGGUGGUCAUUGGGCUGAUACUAACCCUCAUUGACUUGAUCACGCUCCUGGGAAAUACGGUCGUCUUCAUCUGCCCGGUGGUGGAAAAGAGGCUGCGCACCGUCACCUAUAUGUUUAUCAUGUCCUUAGCCAUGGCAGAUUUCCUUGUAGCUUGUCUGGUCAUGCCCUUUAGCAUCGUUUACGAGGUGACAGGGAUGUGGUUGUUCGGGAAGCUGUUCUGCAAAGUCUGGAUCUCCUUUGAUGUCAUGUUCUGCACUGCGUCCAUCGUCACGUUGUGCUUCAUUAGCCUGGACAGGUACUGCUCUGUGGUGACCCCGUACCACUAUUCAAGAAGGAUGUCCCGUGGCAGAUGCAUCGUGAUGACCUGCAUGGUCUGGGUAUACUCCUCCCUCAUUUCCUUCCUUCCUGUCAUGCAAGGCUGGAACGAGAUCCCCGGGGUGGACUUCGAUGCAGGCAGAGAAUGCAUCUUCAUCACCAACUGGAUUUUUGCCAUCGUGGCUUCUGCUCUGGCAUUUUUCGUUCCCUUCAUGGUCAUGUGCAGCAUGUAUUUCUUCAUCUACCGAGCUUCACGGCUCAAGGCCACUCGUAUCAUGUCUCAGACCCUGGAGAUUCACUACCACCCCAACAGCAAGCGGCAGAACCAUCUGCAGCUGGAGAACAAGGCCACGCGGACCAUUAGCAUUAUCAUUUCAGUCUUUGUGCUGUGCUGGCUGCCGUACUUUGUCCUGAAUGUCUGGCUCGCUGCCAGAGGCACCGACUCCACCAGCACAGUCUUGGUUGACACCUUCAAGAUCAUCACUUGGCUAGGGUAUUGCAACUCCACCAUCAACCCGAUGCUCUACGCUUUCCUGAACCGGGACUUCCAACGGGCCCUGAAGAAGCUGCUCAUUUGCAGGCACAGGUCUCAGGUGGACAUUGGAGAAGACAUGGUUUCCAUAGCCACGUUUUCCAAGACUGCUCCAGACCUAGAAUAUAGCAUUACCGUGCCGGUGCCCAGUGGUGCCCUGAAGGACAAACCCAAGUAA